AUGAAAAUAGAAGUCCAUAUCAAGGAUAAACAAUUUGCAAUAAAUUGUGGAGAUGGAUUACAAAAGGUCAAAUGGUUAGGAGAUGUCGCCAUUUUUAGACACAGCCAUUUCUAUUCCUAAAUAAACUCUACGACAAAAGGAAUUAAAUUAGAAAAUGGAGAAAUGGUUGAUUUGAAUGCUAUAAUAAGUAGCACUUUAGCAGAAAACACUCACGUUUGGGUUGUUCUAAAAGGUAUUUUUCUAAUUUGAAUAUUUUUAGAGGAUUUAGAGGCAAUGGGUAUGGAUACAAAAUAGCAGCAACAAUAACAUAAGAGACCAAUAACUGCUGUAAGCAGAAGAAAAUGA